UUAGAUUGUUAUGCUACAGAAUGGCCUUAUUCCCGCUAAAGGCCUCGAGCCCAAGCUGGGACAUCUCUGCUUUAAAUCAGCUUUGGGAUCUCACGGACGCCGAUGAUUUCCUUGUAGGCCUUUGUGCGCUUAAGAAGUGAUCACCAUCCUUCAAUGCCCUGGUGGAUUAAACAGGGCAGACCAGUUCAGUCCUCUCUCACGCCGCUUGGCAACGCCUCUACCUUUGUAACCAAUAAAAGGCUAACUAGAAAAGAAUGAAGCGAUGGGAGAAUCAAUCUACUGGAAGCCUCCCCACGGUUUUCUCAUCAUCUCGCGUGUCGUAUGUCAUCUUAGAUGGGAACACAAAAAGUAUCUGCACUGUGGUUGCCUGGCGACCUGUCGAGGGUGUGUGCAGCCUCUCACGCAGUCUAAUGAGAACAUGCGGCAGAGAAAAUGGAGGAGAAUGUGGCUUCCCGAGUGCGUGAAGUGCCAUUUUAUGACACUGGAGUGGAACCUCAUAUUCAAUUCCUGUUCAACACCUCUUCAUUAACCAACCACCACUCACCGUUUUGGAGAUAACUUUGCGAGCCAUGCAUCUUCAAAACACCACGAAGGGAUCAUGCGCAGUGCGCACAGCGCGCCUGCCUCCCCUUCAGUCGGCCGAGCAGCUGCUGUCCAAGGGCUUGGAAUUCCAACAUGGCAGAGGCAGUGGUCAGUCUCGCUCGUAGCGGCAACUUGGAAUGCUCUCCGCUGUCGAGCCGCGGCUCCGGCAGCCUCUAACGCCCCGCCACAGCCACCAGACCUCCGCACUCGGAUCGAUGCUCGCGUAAAAAAAAAAACAACAACAACAAACCAAAACAAUUAAAAAGCCCGCAGCCGCCCUGUCACCUACACAGUUGUGAAAGGAGAUCGAGUGCGGCUGCAAUGAGAAGCAACCCGUUGGAAUUCCACCUGGUGAACGCUGCGAAUCUGCCGUCUUCCUUCUGCUCUCCUUUCCAGGCGUGAAGACAUGAUUACGAGCACCAGCUUUUAUGGUCUAAAGAUGCAGUGGACCCCAGAGCACACACAAUGGGCCGAACAACACUUUGACAUCUCCUCCACCACCCGCUCUCCAGCGCACAAAGUCGAAGCCUACCGGGGACACUUGCAACGAACGUACCAGUACGCCUGGGCCAACGACGAUAUCUCCGCGCUCACCGCCUCCAACCUGCUCAAGAAGUACGCCGAGAAGUACUCGGGGAUCCUCGAAGGGCCGAACGAAAGAGCGCUCCUGUGUUCCUACUCGGAGGGCGGCGCCGGACUCCUGAACGGACGCAAGUCGGAGAAUGAGCCUUGGCAGGAGGGGAUUUACCCGAUGAACUGUGCUCCAGAUGUUAUAUCUGUGAGCAAAGCCGGGAUGACAGCUGCCCUACCCCCUACAGAUGCGUCAGCCAGCAUCGGCAGCUCCCCGGGGGUGGCGAGCAGCUUGUCGGAGCCCAGCUAUUCCAGCAGUAACUGCGGGAGCCACGCGGCCACGACUCUCCACUCGAGCCUUCCCUCUCAGGAAUACAGCGCCGGCUACAACGGCUCCUACCUGCAUUCCAGCUACAGCGGCCAGAGCACCCCGGCCCUCCCUUCGCCGCAUCCGUCUCCUUUGCACAGCGCCGGGCUCCUGCAGCCCCCGCCGCCACCUCCUCCCCCCACCUUAGUGCCGAGCUACAACGGCGCGUCCCCGAACCUCCCCAACUACAAUUAUCCGCCAACAGGGUAUCACCCGCAAACGGCCGUGGGCCCGGGAUAUAGCCCGGGGGGAGCGCCGCCGCCUUCUGCUUAUCUGCCGUCCGGGAUCGCGGCGCCCACUCCCAUCCCCCCCUCCACUCUGCCCGGCUACACCUACCAGUCCCACAAUCAUACGCCGAUUGCCCCGGCGCCCUUGAACGGGAGCACAUCCAACUCGUUAAAACGAAAGGCUUUCUACAUGAGCGGACACGGCGAAGUGGACUCGAGCUAUGCCGACUUCAACUACAACCAGCAGCGCUCUUCUCAGAGUCCCAUGUACAGACUGGCGGACAGCAGCGUUUCAGACUCCAACCGGGGCAACGGCUUUGACAGAAACGCCGAGGCCUCCUCGUUGGCGUUCAAGACAACCAAACAGGCGAUCUCCUCCGAUCAGCAACGGAAGUUCGGCAUCCACUCCGGCGGGACUCUGACCCCGCCGUCCUUCGGAUCGUCCAAAAGCUCCGCGGACGAUCUCCGAGCCGGCGAGACCUACGGCAAGUUCGGCUCCCCGAUUUUGAGCGAGCAAAGCGAAGAGCACAGACAGCACCUGCCUCAUUCCCUCACAGGUCCCGAUGUGGGUCCGCCUACCUCGUCCGUCCUCGCCGCGGAGGAACAACUGAAGAACGGCGACCCCAACCUGGUGGACAUGGUGACGGCGGAGAUCCUUCAGCAGUGCCCUCCGGUGGAUUGGAGCGACAUCGCCGGGCUGGAGAUGGCCAAAGCGGCCAUCAAGGAGGAGAUCCUCUGGCCCAUUUUGAGGCCCGACAUGUUCAGCGGACUUCACGCCUUACCUCGCAACCUUCUUUUGUUUGGACCUCAGGGAACGGGCAGAACGCUGAUGGCCCGCUGCAUGGCCAGCCAGCUGGGGGCCGCCUUCUUGCGACUGAGCAGCUCCGCGCUGGUCACCAAGUGGCUGGUGGAGGGAGACAAAAUCAUCCAGGCCUCGUUCCUGGUGGCCCGCUCUCGCCAACCGGCGCUAGUGUUCAUCAGCGAGGUGGACCUCCUCCUGUCGGCCCAGCUCAGCGAGGACAGUCCGGUGAGCCGGCUGAAGGCCGAGCUCCUCAUGCAGCUCGAUGGUAUUUUGUCCUCUGCCGACGACCACGUUCUGGUGGUCUGCUCCACCAGUAAACCUGAAGAGAUCCCGGAGUCCCUACGGAGGUACUUUACCAAACGCCUGCUCAUCCCCUUACCCGACGGGACGGCGCGGCACCAGAUAAUCAACCAAGUGCUCUCCCCGCACAACUACUGUCUCAGUGACAAAGAGAUGUCAUUACUGGUUCAGAGGACAGAAGGUUUUUCCGGACUGGAUGUGGUUCAGCUUUGUCAAGAGGCGGCGGUGGGCGCGCUGCACGGCGUUCCCGCUUCCGACCUGUCGGGUCUCCACCCGAGACAAAUGAGAGCGGUUUCUUUUCAAGACUUUGACAACGUCUUUUGUAAAUUCCAGCCCAGCAUAUCGCAAAAAGAACUCGACACGUACGCCGAAUGGAAUAAAAUGUUUGGUUGCAGUCAAUGAGAUCGAUGAGACGCUUCCGCCGUGAUUUCCGAAAAAGGGUUCGGGCGGUCACGUAAUCGCACGAGGGGGUUGGAGGGGGGGGGGCUGGAAGAAUCACAAAGGCGGACACGCUUGACGUGGUCAUGGAGGGCUUUAGAUGAAAACACGGACCAAUGCCGCGAUUCGAGAAAUCGGCACAUGGCAGGAGUUACGUGCUCACCAAAAGACUUGUAAAGGAAUAUCCGCCGACCCUCCUUCUUGUUUUUGUAUAUACACACACACACACACACACACACACACACACAUUAUAUAUAUGACUAUACCGUACUGCUGAUUUUGAGAUUUAGUUGCUAUCAAGUGCCUGAGGUGGUGCUGUUUUAAGUUUUCUUUUUUGCCUCACAACCUUCAUUGGUGACAUGUGCUAAUAGUGCGUUUCAAAAAAACAAAACAAAAAAAAAAUAACCUUGAAAAUGAGACAACCCCCCCCCCCCCUAUUUUCUCUUUCCCCUUAGAACAGCUGUUUGUUGUGUGCUCUUUGUGAACAGUUGUUUUAAGCUAAAUUCUAUUUUACGGGCAGAAGCUUUCAGCUCAAUUUUCUGGCAUAUUUUCUAGGUGUAAAUCAUUUAGUGAUGGGUUGGGAGGGGUGACAAAAAAAGAAAAUUACCGAAACCAUUGACAUAGUCAUACUCUGCAUACUCAUGUUGGUCCGGUAAGAUUCUAGCAAGGCGAUUAAAAAAAAAUUAUUAUUUUUUGCUCCUCCGAUUGUAGAUACGACUUAAAGGGUGAAUCUGAUUUCACAACGUGGCUUCACUUGAACGAAUAAAUUACGAUGUAAUUGUUGUUAGUUGUAAUUCACAGUGUUUGACGGCAUGUAAAAUUAGACCAUCCAAUCUUUUUUCAUUUUAUUUAUUUUUUUACUUUCAACACUCAGGAAAGUGAUGAUAGCAUCGUCAUCAAGUACAGUUAAGCGCGAUAUUCUUCAUACCCUUUUUCUUCUUUUUGGCUGUAAAAGUUGGAUAUUCUCUGUCUUUUACGCACUUGUUUUUUUUCUCUUUUAUUUUUUCCGAUAUUUUCGCUUUUUGAGUUAUUCGAUUCAUCGUCUCAGCCCUCGACGUAAACGAUCUUUACGGGCAAAGAAGAACACACAAAAAAAAAACAACCUCUCAACAUCAAAAUCAAGUUGAUUAAAAUGUAGAGCCUGAGCGAAACAGAUUUUUUUAGUGGGACCGAUGGUGAUUACGAUAGUUAGCAGGAAGUGAGUCCGGUAACCGAUUAAUUAUCCAAUUAGCUUUAAAAAUAUCGAAUGGUGAAACCAAUUUUUUUGGGGGCCCUUUUAAUGCUUACAACAAUGAUGAAUUACAGUGAGAACAAUUGCCAGUUUUAAAAUACUCCGUCCUUUUGUUUCACUUUACAACAGAGAAAAAAAAAAGUCCGAUUUUUGACGACUUUGCGGGCUGUUAGAAUGUCAUUGUCUUAUAUUACAAUGCAAUGAAAAAAAUAAAACAAUCCGAUUUUUUUUUUUUGCCAGCGAUUUUUAAAUAGCUAAUAAUCGGUUGCUCUCGAAGCCUCAAUUUUUCGCGACGUGAACAGGAUCCUUGAGAAUGUACGUGUGAGAGAUCUCGUUCUCUUCAACGUCUGAUGAGAGGAUCGCCGUUUUCAUCAAUCAGUCUUGUACGACUUUCUCGUCUCAUUUCCGGCUAAAAGAUAGCCUCUCCCAAAAAUACGAAUUCACUUCACGGUAACGUUUUCCAAGGGUAUGAAUCAUUUGGGGGGCUUAAUUGUAUGUUUUCGACGCCGCACGCCCCCAAAAAAAGACUUUGAUUUGAAAUUGUAUCAAACAACGCGACACGGCUACUAUACCUCAGCAAAGGUUUCUCCAAUGAAUGUAUAUAUUUUUGAUCUAUUUGCGAGACAAAUAGUAAUCCGAUUUUUUUGGGGGGGGGGUGUUUCCUUGAAAUGAAACAUCGUAUUUAUGAUUAGAGAUUUGCCUUUGAACAAGAACGGAAGCGUUAUUUAUCUUGAAUGGUUGCCCGUGGCUAAUUCCGAAAUGAUUUUCAAGGCGCUAUCGCACCGAAAAUCCUACCCGGUGAUUCUGCUCUUUUGAGUCGCCCCAUUUGGAGGCUCAGCUGUACAUCUCGCGUCGAGCACCGUGUAGAAUUUGAAAAAAAAAAAGGUGCAGACAAACAUCUUGGGGUUGAGCGAGGGGGGAAAAAAAAAUUGCCCGGAGCCAUUUCAUUCCAUCCUGCUGCUGUUUUAUCAUUAAUGAAAACGAAGGAUUAUGUAUCCGCUCGGUUGCUUUUCUACCUCCGUUUGUUCGUUAUCGUCUCAAAUACAAAGGUAAGACGGCAGCACAUUUUUUUAAAGGAACGCUAUCUUUAUUUUUUUCCUAUUUUUUGGGGGGGGGUGUCUGUGCAGAAUACAACGGAUAGAAAAAGUCUACACGGGGCAGUUCAAAUGCCAGGUUUUUGUGACGCUUUUGGUGUGUUUCUAACAUUCGAUGGGGGGGGGGGGGG